UUUGCCGCGUUGAUAUUUGUUUACGUCGUCGCCAAGACAUUUCACAAAUAAUGUAGGAAAUAUGAGUUUAUUUUCCGAUGGCGUUGUCCACCAAGAUAUAUCACGGACGUCAAACUGCAGCUUUGAAAAUAGAAUAUCAAGAUGGACGUGCAUGUUGGAAAAACAACCAGACGGGGACAGCGAAUUUAUAGGUAUUUGUUCUAACCAGCAGUGUAGACCGGAAACAAACUUGAAAACUAAAGUGAACAUAAAACAGGAUAAAGCUCUCUGUGCGAAAUUGCCAAUACAAUCUGACGAUCCUCGCCAAUCAAUUUGUAAGUAUUGUCCGGAAGUUUUAAAAGAGACAUCGAAAAGUCGCUUCUAUUCGUCGGUUAAUGGUCAUAACACAGACGUUGAUUUGGUGAGCAAACUCAACUCUCAAUGGGUGAAUCUUGUGAAAAUUCCGAUAGAAUUACGGGGUAGCGUCACUUCCGGUAACGAGAUCCAAGGUUUCAUCGGGUUGCUGCAGAAACAAAUAAAGGGAAUAGAAUCGUUUUCACCCGUGUUGAGCAAAUCAGAACAUUCAUUAGAGCAGAAGGACGAAGAGAUUCGGAGGAAACUCCAGGAAAGAAAGGAGGAGGAAGAAAAUCAGAAGAGGAUUCAGGAGAAGAAAGAAGAGGAGCUUCAGAGACAAGCAGAAGAGGAAAAGGAGGCGUCUUUGGAAUCGAUAGAGAGGAGAAAAGCGACAAAAGCGUUGAAAUCCAGUAGAGAUCUCGAAUUACAGAGGGGCCUUACAAAAAGACAGAGAAAGCGGCAACUAGUAAAUGAAGACUCUGAAAUCGCUGUGGGUCAACAAGGGAGAGUUUCUUUAGAGGUCAACCAUACUAUCACCGAGUCGCACCAGUUGCUACACGUGAAGACGAUCAUCGGCCUGCUCCAUUCCAUCAUUGAUGUCAUUCUCUUCGCCAUGUCGGGCUCUUUAGUGUUCGAUUUAAACGAUGCAGAAAUUUGGAAAGGUUUUGCAAUAAGAUGCAAAGAACUUGAGUCACAACUGGGGAUUUUGACGAGUAAUUUUCUUGAAAAGAAAAUAGCGGAGAAAUUGUCAAGAAAACAGAAGCGUGAGGACAACGUUCUCGAUUUGAUAGCUUCCUUCGAGGAGCGCCCGACCAAGUCCAAAGUAAGGAAAUUACGGAAAGCCACGGAAGUCUUGGUGGAAAAUGAGCGACAACUCGGCCUGAUCCAGGGAGAAAUUAUUUUCAUAAAAGAUAUCACCUUGAUUUCUGAAUCCCUCAGAGAUCUGUUUAACUUUAUGGAUGCCGAGUUAUCAAAAUGUGAAAAGGGAUCAAAGUCAACAAGAGUCAAGAGUGGCAGAAUAAAAAGAAGUAGAGAGAUUCGGGAUGAGAGUGCCUCCAACGAGAACCAAGCUGCGGGUAGAAAACGACCGGAACAGGCAGGGCCGUCAUCAAAGGGGGUGAAAGCAGGAGAAACCCAGGAAAAACCCCAAGGAGACGAUCCCUCUCCCUCAAAAUCAAAGGAUGAAAAAGCAAAGGAUGAAAAACCGAAGGAUGAAAAAGCAAAGGAAGAAAAAGCAAAGAAUGAAAAACCAAAGGAUGAAAAAUCAAAAGGUGGACCAUCCACAAGUGGAAAAUCACCAGAAAAGGGAGACAUCAAAGACCAGAUGGUUCAAGCCAUUCAAGGGAAAGUGGGCGAGAUAGGGGAACAGUUAGGAGGGCAGGUCAAGCAAAUGGGGGACCGGGUUUUUCAGGGUUUGUUUCAGAAAGCCAAAGACUUGACAAAUCUGAAUAUAAACAAUGGAACAGGUGCUAUGGACGAUGUAGAUGAUUUGUAUCAUGAAUCUAACAGCCUGUCGUCCACUGACGACGACUCUGAUAGUGAGUUAAGUUGUUCUGGGGAUUCCAGUGAAAAAACAAACAACGUCAGAGGAACAAACAUUCUCAACUUAAUGCACACAAUGCGAAGACUUUUUAAGCGCAAAGGGAAGCGGAAGGGAGAACUGCCAGCGGGCGGUAAGCCCGAGGAAUGCUUGGAAUUUUCAUCGCAGAUAACCAAUGAGAUCAUGAUAGAUGAAGAUUCGUCGGCAGAUGAUGACGACAUCUCGGACAUCACAACCAAUUCUGAAGAAUCGGAGGAGAGAGCAGGAACAUCUAAAUGGCGCCAAAAACAGCAGACGAAAAUGCCAAUAUCUGAAACUGAGACUGAAAAAAGUGAUGAUAUUUCUAGUGCUAAUAAUGUAGAUCUGUCUACGCAUUCCAGGAAAAGAAACCAAAGUACAAAGUACAAUAGCAAAAAACACAAAGUUAAGAGUCGGGUAUCUUCCGUGUCCGAAAGUUAUUCCGAUUCGGAGACAAACGCUGAAGUUUCAAAAAUAGAUGAUGCUACAUUGCACCCACGGGUAAAACAAACCACCCGUAGCCCCAAGUCAAAAUGGCAAGCUGUCACCAGGGAUCACAGGAGAGCCUUUUCCCCUUCAAAUGAUCGCAGAAAACAAACCACCCGUAGUCCCAAGUCAAACUGGCAGGCUGUCACCAGGGAUCACAGGAGAGCCUUUUUCCCUUCAAAUGAUCGCAGAAAUGAUUAUCAAUCAUCACAGCCAAGAGGACAAUCUAUACACGUAGGCGGGCCGAGGUUAUCAUUUAACAUAGGGGACGUUGGGGUGAAGUUUUCUCCCGAUGGAAAGUACAUCGGAAAGGAGCAGGGUUCAUCUAAACAAAACAAAACAGAGCAACCAUUCUCAAAAGAGAGCAGUCCUGCGGAUCAACAGGUUAAUACGGCCGGAAGUGGAAUGUUUCCGAGGCUGAAACAGUUGUCAUUUUAUGAAAAGCCGGAAAUACAAAAUACGAUGACUUUUGAAGAAGAUGGGUCUGCCUCGAGUUCAAGUGUGGAAGAAGUCAUCUUAUCUCCUUCCAAAGACGCCGUAGAGUUCGUCACGUCGUCUCUAUCUGAUUCCAGUAUUUACACCAAACCUGUGUUCGAGGAAAUUCGGGAAACGGAAAAGGAGGACAAAGCGGAAAAAACAGAAGAAACGGAAGAAAAUGUGGCACCAGUUAUAGCCGUGGAAGAUCCGUUACCGACAAGGGUGGGAAGGGUGGCUAAGAAGGCCGCAAUGUACACUUGUACAAUGAUCUCUCUUGGUCUAGGAUCGUGGUCCAUUCAUCAGUCGUAUAAAUGUUACUCUGAGUGCAGGCUGGACUGUUUUGAUAUGUCCGGAUUUGACAAGCUUCUGGAAUUACGACAUUUGUAGAUUGUGUUGUUGUUAUUUAUAUAAAGGGUAUGGAAACUGACAUAUGGCAAACUCAGUAGAGAAAUGUUGUGUUACAUAACAAUAGAAUUUAGACGUGAACGUGUUGAUUGUCCAUUAUUGUUUCUUAAAUAUUUCAUAAUUGUAUUCUAUCAUGUAAUUGGAAUACCAAAUUUUACACAAUAUACAUUAAGUGCAAUGAUGACAUUCUACAUAAAACAGUUCUUUUAUUGUGUGAACUGCUGAACAUGUACAUAUUGAGAGCAAUUCAAACUCGGUAUGUCGUAACAGUAGAUGGAUGUACAAAAAAGUAGACACUUAAGUUUUACUUAACUCAAGUUCUAGUUAAAGAAUCUGCUACUGUAACCGUUCUCUUAAUUUAUGUUUUUAGAUUUUAAUGUCUUUUGUUGUAUGUUUAUUAAAACGUUUUUUUUAAAACCAAAAACAGAAUGAUGUGCUUUGUGACCCGAGUCAUUCCGUUCUUGUAUAGUUGUUUGAUCCAUACAAAUAUUGAAAUAAUGUUUUAACUGCGUUUGUUCUUUGAUCUAUUAUAGAAAGUAUUUUGUUGUUUUUGGGUUUUUUUUUUUUUUUUGAUAACUUGGUUUAAUUGUUUGAACAUAAACAAUUAGAAAAAUGAUCAUGCUUAUGUUUAACUUUUUAAAAUUUAUUUUGGAGAAGGGUGGGGCCUGGAGUAUUGUUCUUUUAAAAAAAAUUUAGUCGUUUUCAUUGUUGACAUCGUAUAAAAGAUUAAAUAAA